GAUCAUCCCGUCCAAAGGGGCCUAGAUCCGAGUCAUCAGCUGACAGAGAGUGAUAUACACGAAAGUCAUCUACCGGAACAGAUUGGUCUUAAAUGGAAAGACCUUGCUAGAGAACUAGGUUUCCUUCAAAGCACCAUUGAUAUGAUCGAAAAGGAAAAAUUGUACUGUAAUAAGGAAUGUUGCAUAGAGCUUCUUGUACGGUGGAGGCGUUUGAACGGAACAGAAGCUACUGUUGGAAAAUUAAAAGAAGCUUUGGAAAAGAUCGAGCUCAAGAAUGUGGGUGAAAAUCUGAUAAGUGGUAAGCAUGCAAGACGGAUGAAUGUUUCCGGUUUUUUUACUGUUUAA